UUACUCCUGUAUGGAAAACAUGACAAACUUGCCGGUCUCUGUCCCUCCAUUCUUGCCGAUUGUCAUGAAAGAAUAGCUGUUUGCCAGAGCAGUCAGCCAUUCGAGCGAUGUUUCAGGUAUCAACAGGUUUCUUUAUUCAGGUUUCAUUGUUUUUCCCAGGUCGUAGAAUGCUAACCAGGUGUAGCUUUUACCGUCAGACAGGAUGCAACUAAAACCAGUUUCUCAGGUUCAGCGAGUUCGUAGGUACUCGGGUAUAAAUGCGGUAGAACAGCUGCGCUGGGUCAACACGGGUUGACUAAUUCCUUCUUCUCGGCUGAAAAUGACCAUCAAGAACCUUCAGAUUGAAUAUGACGCCAUCAACAGCAGGAACACCUUCUCAAAUGGAGACACCAUAAAUGGACGGAUCAUCCUGGAGGUCUCCAAAGAAACAAAGGUUCAGUCACUUCUUUUCAUUGCUAAAGGAAAAGCAAGAGUUUGCUGGUCUGAGCAUUAUGGCCAGAACCAAACUCAUGUUUACUGGGCUGAUGAGAAAUACUACAGCGUGAAGCAUCAUAUGAUAAGAGAAUCAAUUCAAGAUGGCUCUGAAGUCAUUGGAAAAGGAAGACAUGUUUUCCCUUUCAGCUUCAAGAUACCUGACAGAAAAAUGCCGUCGUCUUUUCACUCAUCUGUGGGAAGAAUUGUUCAUAAGUUGAAGGCAGAGCUCAAACAGUCAAUGAAACUGACAAAGAAGGCUAAAACCCACUUCAUAUUUGUGUCCAAAGCAGACCUGGAAACACCAGGACUCAUGGUACCCCAACAUGAAAGCAAGGAUAAAACCUUGGCCUUUAGCUCCGGAUCUGUUUCGAUGGAUGUCUAUGUUGACAAGAUGGGAUACAAACAUGGGGAGACCUUGAAUGUCACCAUAAAAAUCAAUAAUAAUUCAAGUCGUUCAGUCAAACCCAAACUUGAACUGUAUGAGAAGAGGAGCUUCUUCGCUCAGGGUCGACGAAAACUUGAGACUCGCGCCAUCCUGAAGGAGAAGGCUGCCGCUGUUGAAGCGCAUUCCGGCAAAGGAACUGUGACAAAGAUGAUCACCAUCCCCAGAGAGCUUCCUCCGUCCAUCCUGAACUGCUCCAUCCUUAAACUGGAGUACAGGCUGAAGGUGUACCUUGACAUCAAAUGCGCUGCAAACCCAAAGGUUAAACUCCCUGUUGUCAUUCUCCCUGUUGAUGACAGCAGAGAGCGUCAUGAAAAACAACCAAUUCCUCCUAGUGAGUUUGGAUUUGAAGCAUUUGGAAAUCCACACCUGCAAAGCCGAGGCACCGCAUCACAAGCAAUGAGUCUUCCCCCUCCCUAUGAAGAAGCUGCCAUGUACCCCUCCUUCCCCUCAGAUUUUACAAAUCCACUAUGACAAUAAUAACUAUGAUAUUGGCAUAAUGUCUUAUAUUUCGUUUGACGUGACUGCAAUCAUACCUGCCUUAUCCACAUUCCAUUUUGAAUGGAAUUUCAGACGCUGUCCUUGCCUUCUGCAGUAACCUUUAAGUAACUGCUUUCAGCUAUUAGACACCUUUUUCUCUCUUAGUCUGCUUCCCAAAUGAGUUGAUUACAUUGUUUAGAAAUGUGUUUUUUUCACAGUUUUUUCUAUUUAUUCAGUACAGCAGCUAUUCAGCUGUAAUCACACUAUGAUUUUCAAAGUUUUGCUUGCUGUCACAAAUAUUUAAUGACUUUAUGUGCAUGCCUAACACAAUAUGUUACAAAGAUUAUCUUCUAUUUAGGGGCUAAUCAACAACCUUUUUUUCCCCAAAGAACAGAACAGUUCCAAGUAUACAGUGGUUUCUGUUGUUUGUGUUUUACUUUACAAUUUUAGCAAGUGCUAACAAUGAAACAACAAAUAAAAUAAUAUAUGGCAAGGAAAUCUCCCUCGAACCAGGGCAGAUCAUGGGAGACAGAAGGACUUGAGCAAAACUAACAUUACAUUUGUACAAAGCUGGAGAGAUCCUUCAGGGACAAACUGUUGCAUCCCAGGUGCACUGAAGAGCGGUAUCACAGAUCCUUCCUCCCAGCAGCGGUAAACUUAAUAAGUAUUCAGUCCUGUAAAUACUCUGUUAUUUUUGUAUGCCUGCAUACACAUGCAUGUUUUGUAAAUUUUUCAAAUUACUCUACUCAGUUACACAGUUCUUUAGUCUGUUGUGUCAUUAUGCACGUAUUUAAGUUAUUUAAUAUUUAAUAAACAACAAUUGGUCUGUUA